AUUUGAUCCUUGAACCCAACACUUAGCUAGCAUACCAUUAAAACAAGUAGAACGUGUAUGGCUAAAUCAACACUAUUGGGAAAUGAAAACAUGAUAAUUUCAAUGAUUUUCUCAUCUUUGCGAUAUAAUCAACAACCUAUUAAUUUCAGCCCAUUGAUAUUCUCCAACAAGAGGGUUAUGAUAGAAAACCUAAUUUCUCAUACAAUACACUUAGAUGCAUACAUAACCAUUGCUAUUGCUAUUAAACAACAAAUACAUCUCUAUAUAAUCAAAUUCAAGCUUAAAUAGAGAACCCACCUUGACAAUUUCAAUGCAAUGUUGAACUCCAUUCCUCGUUCAGCAUACUAUUUUUUUCUCAAUCUCCAGCUGUUUUGCAUCAUCAAAAAGUAAAGACAACGUGACUAGAAUAACGAAAAGCUAUGCUGGCAGCCAGUCGGAGAUUGAGCACAGCGGCAGAACAAACUGCACGUCUAACUAAAUUCUCUCUUCAAGCCCCAAAAUAUGUAGAAGUGGAAUUUGCCAAUGGUAGUGUAUUCAAGUUGUCUGCUGAAUUUCUCAGAAUAAAUAGCCCUGCAGUUGAUGGAAAAAUUAGAUCAAUUGGAGGUGAAAAGGUAAUAUCUGGAAGACGCCAUGUGGGAAUUAUGUCUGCAGAACCAGUAGGAAACUAUGGGGUAAGGCUCAAUUUUGACGACUUGCAUAAAACCGGUAUUUAUUCCUGGGAUUAUUUCUAUCAUCUAGGAAGCAAGAAGUUUACCCUCAUGAGAAAUUACAUUAAAACACUGAAGAAACAUGGGCUUAGUCGAGAUCCCCGAGGAAGAAAGUGAUGCAGACAUCUGUUUGAUUACCCAAAUAUAGUUUGAGAUAUGUUUGGAAGUUGUUGAAACUUCAUUUGUUGAAACUGGAACUUUUAAUAUUGUAGAUUUUGUUGAAUGAAAUUUGAAUGAUGGGCAUCAAUAUAAUGAGUCUACACUCAGAAAAUAAGAGUGUUUUGCA